GCAUGCUAAAUUCCCUGGACUGUCGCUGCUUGUCUGAUUCUUGACCGGUGACUGGCUGCAUUUCUUGUGCUGUUGUCCUAUGCUCUCUGCUAAUGCAGGAAAGAGGAGUCGGGAAGCCAUGGACAAAAGAGGAAGAUAACUUGCUCAUCCAGGCAGUUGCGGUCCACGGCGAGAAUGACAACUGGAAGAUCGUCGCCCUUUCUGUGCCGGGUCGUACGAAUAAGGCUUGCAGGAAGAGAUGGCUUCACUCUUUGUCUCCAAACGUGAAGAAGUCAGCGUGGACGCCAGAAGAGGACCAGCUCCUCCUCUCGCUCUACGCCAUACACUCGACGAAAUGGGCUGUCAUAGCACGUCAUAUCUCAGGGCGCACCGAUGAUGCCUGCUCGAAGCGAUAUCGUGAAGCGCUGGAUCCUUCACUGAAGCGGGACGAGUGGACUUCAGACGAGGAUGCUCGGCUUCUGGAAGCAUACAAUAGACUCGGCGGUCGUUGGGGCCAAAUUGGCCAGGAACUCCAGCGGAGUGGACUGGCAUGUCGAAACAGAUGGAGAAUGCUGGAGAGGAAGAAGAAAGCUGCCGCUACUAGAGAUGCUGGGCCCAGCAAUGCUGCCUCGACUGCCACGUCGCAGCAGCCUGUGGAACCACUGCAGCCUCAGUGGGAUAUACCUCCCGAGGUUGCGCCUCAAGGGUAUUGGAACCCCCCCGCUGAGCAUGCCGCACCUUCCUCUGUGCCUUUUGCAAGUGUGCCGUCGGAAACUCUCGUUUCCGGGAGUCCCUAUUACUCCGAGAUGCCUGAGACUUACGCGUAUGCCCCGGACCGUGCAAUUGCACAAUCUACCCUGCACAGCGGGCCACAGCAAUUCGACUACCCUCAAUAUCAGUUUGAUCAGAGUUAUCAGCCGUUCCAAGAUUAUGAUGGCUACUAUACACAACCACCCCAGGCGGCCCAGGAUGUGCACCCUCCGCAGACUCUACCAUUCAAUCCUGAGGACAAUAACCAUGGCUAUGUGCCCGGAGCGCCCCCAGAUGUAGUGAAUGGAGCACCAGUAAUCGACAGAGGUACGACUCCUUUCAGGUCAGAAGAAGUUUCCAGUCAGCCAUAUAGCGCUUGUCCUGGAACGAGUGCGUCAUCCAACGCUACCCCGCCUGAUUCUUCCGAUAUAAAUCAUCCAACGGCUGGUGUUCCGGAGGAGGCCGCCGAUCGCCCCUCUGUCGUGUUAGCCUCACAAUUAUUCGUUUAUGAAAAUGGGGACGCAACUGUAGAAGCUACGGGAAGUCGAAACUAUUAUCGUGACCCAAAGCAGAAGGCGAAAGACUGGGUACAGCAACGCCGCGCUACGCGCCGUGGUCCUUCUCCCCGCCUGUCUUCAAGCUUGCCUGCUACCUCAGACACAUCGGUGCUGGCGUAUGCCUGUGGGCAUCUCACCUGCUGGCCUACAGAUGUCUCUGAAAGCAAGUCCCGUUUUGCGACGUCAAAGGAACUAUCUGACCACAGCAAGGCGGAGCAUACGGAGGAUUUUGGAGGCAGCACACCGUUCAGGUGCGGGUUGGCUGGGUGCAAGAAGAGCUGGAAGAGCAUCAAUGGCCUGCAAUAUCAUCUGCAAAUCUCAAAGACGCACUUCCAACAGGCGCUCUCGACCCUUCCGGCCGCGGCCGCCGAGGACAACGCAGCUGCAGACCCAAGCACAACUGCGAGAGAUGUGCCUGAUAACCGAGAACCCGAAAACGGCCGCGAGGCAGAGGCAGGCACCGCAAAGGCAACCCCAGCCGUUACCAAACCAAGAAAGACGUAUCCCUGUCCCCACCGGCACUGUCCCAACCGGUACAAGCAGCUCAGUGGGCUGCGAUACCACCUUGCGCACGGACACCCGAAUGAGCUGCCCGCGCAGUUGGACGCGGUCCCCCCGGCUUUGGUGCGGAAGAUGGCGGAGAAGACACAGGCCAAGGCUUCCGCCGUGCGGGCGGAAUGAAGGCUGAAUUGGAAUUUUCGAUUUUGGGGGCAUUCUCAAGCAGCGCCGCAUGCCGUACGUGUGGGAUCUGUGAUAAAUGUCGCUCAUUUACUGUACUGGGAACCGCAAGCUGCACGCCGUCAGGCCCAGCGCGCCGGAAGGGAAGAUUGACUGGUUGAUGAAUUAGCGGAUGAAUGAACGAAG